AUGAACCAUGAGGAUAUUCCCCUUUACACACCAACUACCUCCCAAAAUACCUUUGGUGGAAGAAACAUUUGAAAAGGGAAAAUGGAUUAUACAGAAACAGCUCCCGAUUCCAGCCAACCAUUUCUUCAAAUUUCUCCCCCUAAGGAAGGAGAAAAUCAUUGCAUGAGCCAAAUCCAGAUACAAGAAAACAAGGAACUGAUGGUUUCUGCAUUUGUGGGGAAAGAAAAUAUCUCAUCAUUGAAUGGAAAUGUCAUGAGGCAAGAAAUGGAAUUCAACGAAGCGUCCUCAGAAAAUGUGGCAAAUAAGGAUUGUAAACAAAUAGGAAAUGCUGUUGUAGAGAAAAACGACGUGAUGAGGGAAGAGAUUAAUGCUAUAAGAUCUAGUAAAGAACUUCCAGAAAGAGAAUUUCAAAGUAAUAUGGAGAGUAUGAAUGAAGAGAAGACAGUGUCUCUGAUGAAUGAUAUUGACAAUAGUUUCCGGGGAAAUGUUCUCACAAAUGAUUCAGAGAAUCUGAACCAACCAAAUCAUGUUCUGGAAAAGGAAUAUCUUGUUACUUCAUUUGAUGAGACCAGCCCCAAAGUAGUUUGUUAUAUUACAGCAUCAUUACCUAUUCUACAAAACCUGACCUGCCAGAUAACAAACAGUAUUAGUUCUUUGAUAGUUAAGGAUUCUGAAGAAUUGGUCAGCAAUGUCAUCACUGUUGAGUACAUAGACCAGGAGAAGAGAAUACCAUUUCCGAUAAGCAUUGCAAUCCCAUUUAGUGCACGCUACAGGGGAAAUUACAGGGACAUCAUGGUGAAAGUGUCUGAUAGAGACCUUCAAUCAAGUUAUAUAACCCCAAGUUCAUUGGAAGGAACUCGAGGAAGCCAUAAGGGAACCUGGGCUGAAGUAAAGGUUUAUACGGUUGGCAUUUUUUCUGUGGUAUCUUGCCUGAAGAAGGAAUCCUUCAUGGUUCCAAAGAAAGGCCUUUCCCUAAAGCUCAGCAUGGACCCCAGGAUCUCCUUAAGUUACCCCUUGGGAGUUUUCAACUCUUCAGUCCUUGUACAGUUAAAGGUCCAGCCAAUUGAUCCUUCACUAGUGUCAACAUUAAAAAUGAAACAAGAUCUUUAUUAUUCAGUAGUAUCAACUAGCCCUUUAAUUCAUCUCCAACACCCAGCAACACAUCCUUUUCAUAAACCAGUCACUGUCAUCUUGCCCUGUUCUCCAAAUACAGAAAGAAAAGCUCAUGGUGCUGAGACAGACCAUAAAAGGGCAACUAGUGCUAUUUCUAGAAAGAUCACAACUUCCUACCCUAUCCGGGCCAAGAGUGCUUCUCUAAGAAAACCUGGGGACAAUGUCAGUGAGUCCUUGAAGCUACUGGGUUUCAGAAGCAGAGAGGGAAGUUGGUUUGUUCUCGAUGAUCUUGUUGUGAGAAACGUGCAGAGUGGAAUUGUAUCAUUUGAAUUGCAUGAACAUUUAGACAGAUUUCUUGUGCUUCGCCUUUCUUCUACCAUGGACAAUUCCCAUCUAGUCCUUUUCACAAAGUGUCUAGAGGAAGCUACCUGCAGUACCAUGGCCUGUAUAGUACUAUAUCGGAAUAAAGAAAACCCUCAUAAAGCAAUUGUUUCACUAGUGCCUUCUAAAGAUUUGAGCCAGGAGCUUCAGAGCCUGUAUAAGAGAGGGUUUAGUGGGCCUCCAGAGCCAUCUCAGUUUUUCCAAAUGAGAGAAGGAGAACAGGUUAUUUUAAGGUUUAAUGGCAACAUUUUUGCUUCAAGUAAUGGGAAGGAUUAUGGAAAAGACUACAAGCUCAUUUUUCACUUACAAAGAAAGCCCAGCCUGGAACUCCAGCUCAAGGAGGUGGAUGAAUUUGGCAACUACAGCUCCCCUCAUUAUAAGGGUACAGUUGCAGUUUACAAAGUACCCAAAGAAAAAAUAGCCAAGAACUUGAAGCAACCACUUAUACUUAAUGACUUUUGGCAUCAAUUGCCUACUUGCAAAUUACCAUUGCAUUUGCCUAAGCAUGAAAAAUUAAUCAACCAUCCGCAGAGCACUAAACGAAUGUCUACAGAUCCUUCAGAAGCCCUUUGGGAAAACUUGUUGUACUGGUUGGCUGAGGAACUGUCCGAAGAAAAUGCAGCAUCCCUUGCUGCAUCCCUCCCUCUGCGGCGGAGCACCAUUCAACUUGUCAAACUGAAGAAUCCUGAUAACCUAACUGAGCAGAUCUAUGAAUUUCUUUCCUUCUGGAAGAAAACCCUCCCAACAUCAGUUGAUAAACAACGGCUUCUAUCUCGGCAUCUCCGAAAGACUGGGAGGAGUGAUCUUUCGGAAGAGCUCAAAUAUAAGUGGGAGAAUAAGGUCUUUUCAGAACUUCAGCUGGGGUCAGAUGAGGAGCAGUAAAACCUUGGUUUUCUAUUUUUGUUCCCUUAGGGAAAAAUGUUAACGUAAAUCUUGGAGGGAUUUUUUUUCAAAAUUAUAUUGCCAGCUUCCAUAUAGCAUAGUUUAAUUUAUUUAAUAGAUGGGCUCUUAAAAUCAAGACAAAGAGAAAGAAAUUCAUAGCUUUGAGUGCUUCUUCAUGGUUCAGCCAUUCAUGUCCAGCAAACUUAAUUCCCUUUAGUAUGCUAACUUAACAGCUUUAGCCAGUGUCGUUCCCCCCUUAUAUUUUAAUGGCCUUUGUUGUUUCCCAAGUUUAUUUCCUUAGUACCAAAAUGUAAAUAUCAUAUGUGACCUAUGACUCACUGUUUAGUUGUAUUACAUAGAAUCAAACUGGCCAACAACCAUAAGCUCUAGAUGCCAAACCACCACUCCAACCUCCAUAAGAUGUCACAUAGACACAGCUAGAAAUUAUACACACUGAAGCAUCUGGAUUAGAUGUUCUUGAUACAGAUAUCUGAAGAAAAAGAAGUGCCAAAAUAAUCUAAUUUUGAACUUAUAAACAUAGGAAAACUUCACAUGUACAAAUCUACACAUUUAGAAUUUAUAUUCUAUUAGAAUUAGGCUGGCCUAAAAUUCACUUUUUCAUUAUCCAUGAAAAGUAGGAUUGCUAAUAAAAUGGAUGACGUAUGAAGGAUUCUAAGAGCUCUUUGAACUAUUUGAGAAAACCAGCCACUUCAAAGUAUUUUGACACUUUAAAUUAUUUGUACUCAAAUGAUUUAUUAUUCCUUAUGUAGUAUUCAUGAGA